GACAGUGGCGUAUGGCGUGUGCAGGUUUCCAAAGCCGGUGCUAGCUAAGCAGUAUCUUCAUUAGGUUCAGCUGAAAUGUAUGUGAUUUUUAAGAAGUUGCCGAGGGACAGAUAAAACCGGCCAGAGAGGUACAUUAAAAAACUGAAACAUGCGGAUCCAGUAAGAGCUAAAUAUCGCUGUCCAGCUCUGAAGUAGACUGUGCUUUUUUACAUUAGGCGCAGUAUACUAACAGGCUUCUAGAACAGAGGAGACCUGCAGCCAUGGCAGGCAAGGGUCGUGGAGUGGGUGCUUUUACCUUCAAUAUUGACGCUCUGGGCAUCGGCAGGGGCAACAUGCCAGAAGCCAGGGUGGGGCCCAGUCCUCUGUUUCCAAACACUGAUUUUAAACCAGUUCCACUGAAAGCUGGUGAGGAUGAGGACUACAUGCUGGCCUUAAAACAAGAGAUGAGGGGAACAAUGCAACGGCUGCCACACAACAUCAAACCUCAGUCCAAUAAAGCAGAAGUGGAGAGAUACACCGAGAGAUACCUGAAGCAAAGCCAGAUUGAUGGCAAUGAAUGGACUCCAGACUGGAACCUUUUUCCAAAAGAACUGAUGCCCAGAAGAAAACGACCUCGAGCUAAAACGGGCACAAAGAAAAGUGCGAAGAUAUCACGCAAGGACGCAGAGAACAUUCUGACCAAAUUAGAUGAACUGGCAAACAAAGAUGACCCUGAAAAAUCAGAUGAGGAGACUGAAAAGAAGCCAGGAAAUAAGGAUGAAGAAGAGGAAAUUGAAGAGGAAGAAUACGAAGAGGAGGAUAUUGAAGAGGAAAACGACUACAUAGAAAGCUACUUCGACAACGGUGAAGAUUUCGCCGCGGACAGUGACGAUAAUAUGGAUGCCGAAGCAACAUACUGAGCGUCUCUCAAGCAAGGAAGUGCUGAAGUUAAACAUAAUGUGACUGCUUCUUUUGGUUAAAUAUUGCACAUGAGUUGGGAAAGCUGUUCAGUAGAGUGGAGCGAAUUCUUUUCUAAUCAAGCUUUCGUUAAAGACUAAUGUAAAUAAGAAAUACUGAAAUAUUUGCACAUGGCAAUAAUUUAUUCAAAAUAGAUUUAUUUUUCAUCCUCUAGUCAGGUUUCACAGGUUGAAAGGCACAUACUGUUAAGAACACACAAUGCUCUGUCAUAGAAUAUCAACUGAACACAGUGAUAAAAUAAAAGGGCUACAUAACAAGUCUAAAAAUUGUACAUAAUUA